GUGCGGCGCGGGGCGAUGCGAUGCGGCCGCUGACGGAGGCGGAGACGCGGGCGGUCUUCGAGAAGCUGGGGAGAUACAUCGGUGAGAACAUCCAGCUGCUGGUGGACCGGCCCGAUGGCACUUACUGCUUCCGCCUGCACCGCGACCGUGUCUACUACCUGAGCGAGAAGCUGCUGAAGGUGGCUGCGAGCGUCCCCCGGGACAACCUGGUGUCACCAGGCACCUGCUUCGGGAAGUUCACCAAGACGCAAAAGUUCCGGCUCAGCGUCACGGCCCUGGACUUCCUCGCGCCCUACGCCAAGUACAAGGUGUGGGUGAAGCCCGGCUCCGAGCAGUCCUUCCUCUACGGCAACCACGUCCUGAAGUCGGGCCUGGGCCGCAUCACGGAGAACACAGCCCAGUACCAGGGCGUGGUGGUGUACUCCAUGGCCGACGUCCCGCUGGGCUUUGGGGUGGCUGCCAAGUCCACCCAGGAGUGCCGGAAGGUGGAUCCCAUGGCCAUCGUGGUGUUCCACCAGGCCGACGUCGGGGAGUACGUGCGGAGUGAGGACACACUGACCUAAGGCAACUCCAGUGUUCCGAAGACAAGAGUGUUCCUGGACAGAACGGACCUUGUCCUGCACUGUUGGUGCAGCGGCGGCGCGGGGAGCCCACCCCGAGUGGGGUGGAGGGGCUGAUAGCUGCCUGCAUGUGGCCCCACAUCCCCGGAGGGGCUGCUGCCAAGCCGAGGAGGAGCUGCCCCCACACCAGACCUGCCCCUGCUGUCACAUAAAGCCUGUUCCUUCUCCCA